AUGGAUUUCUCAACAAACGUGACCGUUGACUUCAGACACAACAACAUACAAUAUUUCCAUCCGAAUGUCGAUAUAUCGAACACGGCCGUGCCGACAUUUCUGAUGGACUACAAUCCUUUCCGAUGCGAUUGCAAGCUAUACGAUUUUAUAAGAAACUAUAAAAGCGGACGAAAAAUGAAUAUAAAAAUUAACAAGACGCAGUGCUCUCAACUGACGGCGCUAGAGGGGGUUAAGUUGACGGAUUUGAAGCCGGAAGUCUUAACGUGCGAAGUGGAUUGCUCCACCGGUUAUUUCAUAACACGAACUAAUCGUCCAACUAAUUCAAGCGCCAACUGUGACUCGUGCACGAUACGUCCGGACAAAUCUCGCCUCGAAAUGUCCUGCAAUGGGCUGCCGGAUGUGUACCCCCCACUCCCACCCGGGACGAAUUCUACGUACAUAAAACUGAAACGUGUAACAGAUAUACCGAUGCUGCCGCAACGUGUGACGACGAUUGAUCUGUCGUCCCUGAGUCUCAGCCGACCGCCGACAGCGACGUCGGUCGAACUAAAUCUGACCGACAACGAGUUGACCGCGGCGCCGAUCGAUCUGCUCGAACGUAAUUGUACUCUGCACCUGAAGGAUAAUCCCUUCGAUUGUUCCUGCGAGGAGAAAAGCAACGUCGUCGUAUUGAAUAUGUACAAGGCGCGGAUUCCCGAUUAUGAGUUUGUAACUUGUUCGAACAAAGUUCUCGUAAGGAAUAUAGUCGUCGAACAGCUGUGCGCCGAGAGGGACGCGACCGUCGUGGGCUGCUCGCUGGCGGUCGGAGGACUGUUGCUGGCCGUCUGCACGGCGAUCGCCUAUAGGUACUCGACGGAAAUCCGGAUCCUGCUAAGGAAGUACGGGCUCUAUUGCGCGAAAGAGACGGACGGCGAACUUUACGACGCGUUCGUCUCGUUCGCACACCAGGAUGAAGAUUUCGUCAUGAAACGACUCCUGCCGAAGCUGGAGAGCGGUCGGCCGGCGCUGCGUCUCUGCGUGCACUCCAGGGACUGGGUCGUCGGCGACUGGAUACCGGCGCAGAUCGCGCGGUUGGUCGAGCAGUCGCGCUACACGAUCAUCGUGCUGUCGCGGCACUUCGCGCGCUCACACGGAGCGCGCGAAGGCGCGAAGGCGCGGAUGGAGUUUCGCGCGGCGCACGGGCGGCAGCGCGCCAUCGUGCUGCUGCUGGGCGACCUGGCGAACGACCGCUCGCUCGACCCGGAGCUGCGCUCCUACGUGACCAUGAACACGUACGUGCGCGCCGACGACCCGCUGGUCUGGGAUCGCUUGAAAGACGCCGUCCUCAAUAGACGGAAGCGGAUCGGCGAGGAUUCGUCCAAGCUGAGCAAAUUAGUGCCCAAAGGACUCGACGUGCAGCUCGAAAACGGAAAAUUGGUAAAUAAAGCGCUCACGGUGCCCUCCGUCUGA